CAACUGUGGAAUGCAGGCCAGAGGAGAAAACGAAGAAACUGAAUUUACGAUUUCAUUCGAAGUCGCGUACGGGACUGCGCAAGAGGUGUCUCCUGUGCUUGGUCGCUCGAUUUAGUUUGUUGGUGCGGAUUGCUGUCGCCGUUUUUUUUUAAUUUUCUUAAUUCGGUCCCCGUGAUACUUGGCCUCCGGGUCUUUGUGGCCUCUGAACGAGGAAAGUUGCGGGUUGGUUUUUUUUCUCGUGGGUGUUCUACUAUUGUCAGUGGUUUAUUGGCUUCGAAGAUAAGACUUCUAGAGCCCUCCUGAGGUGUGUUGUACAAGAGCCGUUUCGGUUUGUCGAGCAAAUUUAGUUCUGUGCUAAGUGUGGAGGAUAUCCGUGCAAGAACCUUUAAGCCAAUACAGUACGCUUGGCAGCGAGAAGAACAGUUUGGCGUUUUAUGGCGUGAAAGUGGCCUACGAGGUUGGUGUUUUUUUUGUUCGAACACGGCUUAGCCGAAAAAGUGAAACGGACAAAGUGAGUGGUUUUUUAUGUGCGCUGGUUUGUUCAGCUGAAAAUUACUUUUUUUUCGAUCAGAGGAUUACGAAUGUGUGUACGUACACUUAUAUUUUACCUCAAAUAUUUCGUUUCUACUGAAUGGCACCGUUUUAGUGAAAGAAAACGUUAAAAGAGGAUAUCGAAACACGCAAGAAAUAUGUUCGGUAAAUGAAACAUGUUGAAAGAUGUUUUCUCCUGAAAGUUUCCAUACAUUCAUCUCGUUAAUAGGAUGUGAUUUUGGAAGUGCGUGCGUGGAGUUUCUCGCUUGAAGUCGUGCAAUCUCUCGAAUGACGAUCUUUGUUUUUUCCGCGUUGGGGCCUUUGGGGACCAGUUGGUAAGUCUUUUUUCACAAAAAGACCUGCAUUCUAAAUCACCAAGUUGCUGACAACUUUUGUGUGUGUACCUACUUCAUUGGGGAGCUUUUCCAAGAUCUCUGUUGCAUCAUUGUGGUGUGUGACCCGUCAAGAUAAUCAUUCUCGAAUAACACAUGCACUGGAGCGAAUAUUUUGUAAGUGCAGUGUUCGCAGCAAAGAGGCAUAAAAAGGCGAACAUGUGUGCGAGUGUAUUUUUGGGGGGAUACGCUUCAGAGGAGCUUUAAACGCGACACAGUUGUCAUAGCUGCGCUGAAUCAAGACUUGCAAAUUCUUGCGAAUUCUAGUAGGUAAUAAGUGGGUUGCAUUUGCGCAAAAGGCUGGCUGCCGAUCAACGUCCUAUGCCAAUGCACCGAACCGAAACCAGUCCUGUCCUGUCUGUUUAAAAUCUCUUGUGAAGAAAGGCACCCCGGCACAACCACAUUAUUACCAAAGGCUAAGCUGCAGAAGGCGACCAGCAGAGAAGAAGAUAGUCAAGAACGAGAAUAACAAACAUCGAUUGAAUGACCCAUCGAGUGGUGGAUAGGAGUUUGAUCGAGUAGCAGAUCGUUGCACAAGUUCCGAUGCGAGGAAAAGUGAUUUACGACAACCGGUGAAAUUAAUAAAACUACCUUACGAUAUGUUAUUACAAGAGGUGUACAUUUUUUUGUUGUGAUUCUUUCAACAAAUUUGUACUACAACCAUGUACAACGAUGAAACAACGAAGUAGCAAAUUUAAAUAUGCUGUGUUUAAGUGCGUACUUGUUAGGAGCCGCUUCGUAUAGUCGAUCAUGCUGUUGGGUCCUUUGCCAAACACCGAGCGGACAUGUUCGGUAUUUCUAAUAUCCCGGCCCAGCAGCGGCCUCUACUGGCAGUAAACUGUCCGAUGGUACAAAAUUCGAUUGGUUCUGUUUCGCCGACAUCUGUGAAACCAUUCAACAGUAAAUGUCUAACUGUAUCGGCGGAUGUGCAGAAAAAACCACCCCCGGCACCUGCAUCGCCCAUGAGUGAAAUUGGCAAUGGCAACAGCAACGUAACCAAUAGUGAUAAAAAGGGUGAGGGUGGUCUGAAUGAAACUGUUACUGCUGCUGCUACGGCUGGAGGCAACAUGAUGAAGUGGACCAGCUCGAAUUCCAGCCUUAGCAGUGUGAGCGAUCGGAAGAGUACAUUUUAUGCAGAUAUUGAAACUAAGGAAGAUAUCGUUACCGGAACAACGUACGACACUAUGAACGAUUAUAGCUUCUCACCAACAACGGUUGAGCUGCGCAAUCCGGAAGUGGCAAGUUCGGAUGCGGACGAUCGAAGUGUCGUCAUGGGAGGAACACUUCCGUUACGCGGGACAACAGCCAGUCUCCCAUCCGGAGUAACGUCCAACAAGAAGCGCCGUCCGGUGUCCACGCUAGAGGGCGUCAUCAGCACCAAGAACCAUCUGAACCUGGUCAGCCACGAGCUGGACUGGGAGCGGAAACUGCGGGACGAUCAACUUUCGCGGAUUCUGAAAGCGCUGAUCUACUUCGAGGCGCGCCUUCAGAACGAACACAAACUGAUCAAACAGCAGCUGCACGAGAAGGAUGACGUCAUAAGCCGGCAAAAUAGCACCAUCAAGCGGAUGAAGAGGAAGCUGGGUGAGGACGACGAUGAAAGCGAUGAAGUUGGCCUAGGGGAUCUGCCGGAAGUGGCCCAGUACUGUCCCAAGUGUCGUAAAAGCUACUACGGGACCCAGUACAAAUGUAGCGCUACGCAAACCGUCGUUUGUAAGGGAGUGGAGAAUGUUAAUACAGAGAAUCUCUCGCUCAACAGCGUAGAGUACGCCUCGUCUAGUGAAGAGCAGGACUCGUCGAUGUACGUGCUACGCGCCAACUCGUUCAAGGAUGCCCGGCGAAGUCGCAAGUACACUAGCAAACGCUCGUACCAGGGCUAUUCGAGGCCAUCCCGGACCAGCAGUAUGAAGAGUACCACCUCUAGCAGUGGAACUGGUGGUGGCCCGAUGGCUGCCGUCAUAGAGGGCAAGACUGUUACGGGCAGCUCCGUUGAAAUGGAAUGCAACGAAACCUACGAAAACAUCGAACCAAAUACGAACGUGCCUAAAGUUGUAAUUUAUGAGAAUUAUGAGAGCGAUAAGGAGAACAAGGGAUUGGUUGGAGAAUCGAGGAACUAUGAAACGGUAGAGCCUUCGUAUUCUAAUAGAAUCGAUAGUAUGCAUGGGAUAAGGAGUGGUUUGCGGAUCGUGGAGGACGAUGCGAAGGAGAAGCUGCUAACAUCGGAGGACGAUAAUAGGACGGAAGAUGGGGAACGUCGAAACACUAACCAGCAGAAAUAUACCGAGGGAAUGGAGAUGAAACAAGCGAUCGAAACUAGCGACGAUUGGUAUGCGAGUGCAAGCGAUAUGGAAGACUCGGAUUCGGCUCUGGGAAAGCCUUACAGCAACGCCGCGGUCAAUCCGGUGUUGGAAUGUGUAAACCAGAUACUACUUCAACAAUCGAUGGAUGGAUUUGGAGAGAAUAAGGAAAAUUCGAACAACAACGAAGAUGAUUUGUACAUUAAAGCUCAGGAGCCACCGAAAGAACCUUCUCAGAUAAGGUCCAAACGUGUUCAUUUUUCUACUCAAAAUAGUAUGGUUCAAGUGCCACGAAUAAUUCUUCAGCCCACGCCGGUUCCAAGAAAAGAAGACAAAACUUCGCCGACUUAUGAAAUACAAAGUAUCUACAGUAAUGAAUAUGAGCCAAUUGGGUCGGAGCAGAAUUCUUACUCGAAUUAUUAUGUUGACAUGGAAUCGAAGCUCGGCUCGGAAGAUCGUGAAAGAGAGCUUGCUGCAGCGGAGAAGCGGAAGAUCCCACCGGCUCUUCCUCCGAAGCCUGCGAAUUUGAUGAAAUUACAACAAAUUUCCAAACAGCGCAUGGUGCAAAUCAAAGCUAAAAGUUCCUCGGGCGCUAGCGAUAUUGCAGAGUCUGAACCCGACUAUUGUUCGAUAAGCGAAAUUCAGGACUCUGUAAAAUGUGUUCAAAUUGUGGCCGAAAUCCACAAAGACGCGUGUGAUGACGAUUAUUCUGUAGUUGAUGUGGUAGAAAUGGAGGAAACGGCUAGCAAAAAGAGUGAUCCCGAAGAAUCGUUUGCUGAUGUGCCAAAGCUGCCGAAUGUGGCUGAGAUCGUUCCACCGAAGAAGGAAUCUUUAACGAAAUUUAUAAGCCAGGAUAAUUACAUUACUAAAUCAAAUGGUGGAACUCCUACCAAGAGCACACCCUCUAAGAAAGAUGGUCAAUUUAGGGAACAGUUGUCGGAAAUAAUAGCUGAAAUCAAUAAACAAUCGCCUGCGAUUCGAAAUGCUUCUAAGAAGCACGUACCUGUCAAAGAUCUUAGCAUGGGUCUGAAAACAAUGGGUAGCAUACCUGCUCCAGGAUUUCAAUCGAAGUUAAAAUCAGCUGAAAGAAUGAAUUUCCUUAGCAAGAUGAAUUCGGAAUCGGUUCCAAGUAUAGCUCUCAAGCCAAAUCUAAACGGGUCUCUCCCGAAACCUCAAGUACGACCUAUCUCUAUAAGAUCCAGUUUGCAAAAUAAAUCUAUGACUACAAACUUCAACUCGAAUGGAGUUCUUAAUUCACUUAAAACUAGCAGUCCCCACAAAUCGGGAUCCAUAAUUUCCAGCUUAAAAUCUCCCGGAUCCCAAAGCAAUGGAAGCUCACCAAAAACAUCUCCUUCGAAGAAAACGUCUGUUCCUGUAAUAAUCGCUGAAGACAGCAAACUUCCCCUACAGGCAGAGUUCGAUUGGUACAAUUUGGAUGCAGAAUUCGGUAAAGCCAAUCAACCGGACAUAAUCAUUGAAGCCGACCCGGCAGCAUCACCAGAGCCCGAAGGUACGCCGGAAGAUAAGCCGAAAGAUGAUUCCAUCAACGGUCACGGCUCGGAAGCUAGUGGAAGCGAUUUGGAAAACGUCGAAUACAACCUGGACGAAGCCUACAAAACGAUGGGACCAAUCGUCCCUCCGCCGGACAUUAUCCAGAAAAAUUCUCUGGUACCACCCGGCACUCCCAUUAAUGGGAAAAUUUCCUACAACAAUCUAUCGUUCAAAGAGCUAAUGGCAAUGAACGAAACUCCAAAGAUCGAAAAGAUGAAAUCAUCAUCGGUAGAUGCGGCAAACGGAAACUAUGAACACUUUCUGGAUGACUCCGGUCUCUGCUCUAAGCCGAUUAUUCUUCCACGGAAGAAGCGAGUCUACUAUUCUGGCCCAUUUGUGUGAAAACUUCGGCUCUAAUUUCGCAAAGCAGGAGCUUAAUUUCCCUCCUAAUAGAAAACAACUCAAAAAUCAAUCAAAAAACAAAUUCGAUUCAUCAAAUAAAAAUUCAUCCGGCGUACUACGCGAAAGCGAAAAUUUAAUCUGCAUACAAACAUGGUCCCGUGGAAAAUGAAAUUGAGCGUGAAAUUUGUCUGGCAGCUGGACAAAUGCGCCAAUUCAUUCGUCAAACAGAGGAUAGCGGCACGCGAAUGGAUCAUUCAAACGAGCGAACGAAAGUUACUAUGCAGGCUUGGAUCUGCUUACCUAUUGGAAGUCCAGCUCAGCUACCUUGCCUGAGUGUGAUGAUAUAAUUGGAAGUCGAUAAUUGACAUGGGAAAAUGAUUGACUGGCUCGUGAAAUUUGGCAACCGGAACAGCUGCAUGUCAACCAAAUCCGUUUUUGCGGAGCGGUUUGUUUGAGCAUAAUUUCUACCGAAAUCGGCUUCUGAGCCAGAGCUUAUUGUUUUGUUGGUCGACCGAUUGAUUUACGGUGUAGCAUAAAUGUAGCGCGCAUUUGGAGAACAAAUGACACACGGUACCAAUCAAUCAUUUUGUGGGCAGGCGAUUAAACAACGAAUUAGUUAGAGGUUAGUGAUAUAACUGAAUUUUGAGCUGCCACUACUGUUUAUGUACAAUACUUGUUAGGAUUUUUCACUAAACAACGCAAUAGAGCUUUACAUCAUACUUACCUACACCAUCUAUUAAACAAUAAUCUAAUAAAAAUUGUAAAAUAAGAUAUAGAACGAGAUGUGUAACUAUUCGAUAAGAAAUUUAGAAAAAAACUGUAGAAACGCAAACUGUAAACUUAAAUUUAUGUGUAACA